UAGUUUGUAUUUAGGGUCGGGCAGGAGCAGAGCUUCUCCCUGUGUGACGGGAGGUGGUGUUCGGGAAAGGUUGGUGGGGGGAAGUUGAGACAGGAAAAGCAAGACAACGUAACAGUAGACGGAUAGAAGAGACGAGCAAGAAACGAGACGACAAGCCGUCUGCUUUGUAUAUUCGCCUGUAGUUAGUAUUUCACGCCAAUCACUGACAAGAUGUCCACCUCCGAAGUUCCCGAAUACUCUCCCUUCUUUGCAGUGAUGGGCGCCUCAGCUGCAAUGGUUUUCAGCGCUCUAGGAGCUGCUUAUGGUACCGCUAAGAGUGGAACAGGAAUUGCUGCCAUGUCUGUUAUGAGACCUGAGCUGAUCAUGAAAUCCAUCAUUCCUGUUGUGAUGGCAGGUAUCAUUGCUAUCUAUGGACUGGUGGUGGCAGUAUUAAUUGCCAACUCACUGACAGAAAAAAUAACAUUAUUCAAGAGCUUCCUUCAGCUGGGUGCUGGUUUGAGCGUUGGAUUGAGUGGUCUUGCUGCUGGCUUUGCUAUUGGCAUAGUAGGUGACGCUGGUGUACGAGGAACUGCACAGCAGCCAAGGUUAUUUGUCGGGAUGAUCCUGAUCCUCAUUUUUGCUGAAGUAUUGGGUCUUUAUGGCCUGAUUGUUGCUCUGAUCCUUUCCACAAAAUAAAUCCUGCAAAUAUAGUGCAUAGCUGUCAUUCUAAUGGUCUUAACUCCAGAAUGUGUACAGUCGUAUCACUUUGGUAGUCAAUCUCUUGUAAAUGCGCAAUGUAUGUUAGUGAUUGUCUGUCUUGUGUAUAUUUAGGUAUAGAAUUGUAUUGGUUUUAAGAGCCAGAUUCAGUGGCUUCUAAACACAUGCAAUUUCCAAUCCAUAUUACUGUUGAGGAGCACUCUGAUUCAAUUAGGGUUGUAAUGUUUUCAUUUCUUCCACUUGAUUUUAUUUAUAAGAUUUAAAAUGUUCAUUGUUAUUAUGGAGCAAGAUUUCUGGAGUCCCAAUGAUAUAGUAGAUUAUUGCACUGUCAGUAAUUGUAUUUGCUCAGAUCUCCCUGGAUGUAAUAAUUGGUUAAAGAUUGGAUCUGAUCAUAGUCCUACUUUUGUGUAUUGAUAUUGGAGUGAGUUCUACUUGUGUUUUUAACAUCCUGAGGCACAUGUAAAAUGUUUCCAGUAGUAAGAUGUAUGCCUAUUCAUAAAAGGUGUGCACCCAGUAUUGGGUGUUACAUUUCUGAUGUUUCCAAAUAAAAAAAUCCUCAACUACC